AGCUCUCCCCCGUUAGCUUUGCCAUUGCAUCGGACUUGCAGCUUCACUUGGCCACUUCCAGCCAUGAAGCUCCUUUUGCUGACUCUGGCCGCACUGCUGCUCUUGUUCCAGCUCACUCCAGGUAGCACCCUAAGAUGCUGGAAUCUUCAUGGCAAAUGCCGCCAGAAAUGUUUCAAGAAGGAAAGGGUCUAUGUUUACUGCACAAAUAAUAAAAUGUGCUGUGUGAAGCCCAAGUACCAGCCAAAAAGCCUUCCAUGGAAAGUUUAA